GCGCGCUUCGUGUUUAACAGUGCUGCAGUGUGUCGCGGCGACGAAGCGCAGAGCGGAGGCUUCGUCAGGAGGAGACGCUAACAGUCCGCUUUUCCAGCACCGGCCCUACGAUCAAUCUCUAAAUCAUCUGCCAUGUCUACAGAGCCCAACUACCGCCGCACUAAACCCGGAAUGAAAGCCAGCGUUCCUAAUUCCAACGGUGGCAGCGGUCCCUCGUCGCAGAUUCCUGGUCUGUCCCAGAAUGCUGACACUGCCCCGGUGGAGAAGAGCAAGGGCAGGAGAGUCGGCAUUCAGGCCAGCGACUCGGACUACGUCAAACUCGCCAAGCAAGGAGGCCACAAGGGUUUGUUGUCCCAUGAUGAUGAGACCAGCCCCGGAUCAGGACCGCCCCAGGACUCCGAUUUCCUCUACGGUGGUAAUCAAUGCCAGGCUAAAGCGUCCACGCAGAAGCUGGUGCCCCCGUUUGGGACCGACGAUUGUCCAGGAUGGGACAAUGACUCUGGUGCUGGGAAAGAAAAGAAGUCACCGGUCGGAGAAGCCGACGAGGAGAUGCAGAAGCUCUCGCUGAACCAGAAGGACAUCGACGAGGCCAACAAGUACAAAAGGAUCUCACAUAAUAAGAUAACCACCGCUCCGGUCAGCAUGUCCAAGCUGCUGAGCUUUGGGUACAUGGAGGACGUAAAGAAGUCUCCUGAUGAUGACGACGCCUCAAGUAUGACCUCAGAGCAGGUGAGCACCGUGGCCCCGGAGGACGAGCUGGAGUAAAAGGGAACGACUCGGAAGCCUCGCAGGUUUCCAGCCCAGCGUCCUUCUUCUGUCCAUCACUAUAUUUAUGCAAAUUUCUUUUAGUCGUCAUUCUCUUUUAAAACAAUUGUGCGCAUCACGCUUACAUAUCUAACGGUGCUUAUGAUCCUUGGAAUUAAAAAUGGAAAACUUAAGAGCUGUUUGUAAACCUUAAUUAGAAUCACACGAAACUCGCAGCACAACACGAAGCCUUGUAGGUACCGACACAGCGUCGGUUCAGAACCUUUCUUUUCUUUUUCUUAUUUUUAUUACAUUUUUUUUUCUCACUUGCAAUUUGCCAAGUUAUUUAUUUAGUUACUUAUUUUUGUUGUUGUUGUUGUGCAGCCGAUAAGAAGCCCAUUAGUUCCCAGUGUUGCCAAGCUACAGCCACAGAAAGAGCGUUCGUUUCUCCACCACAUGUCUGCAGACGAGCGCCAAGUCCUCGUCACCGUCACCGCCGCACAAGACGAAACCUGUUAGCGUCCACAGCGUUCUGAAGGGGUUCAGGGAGCUUGCGAUCGUGAAUGUGUUGCCAUGUUGUUUUUUCGAUGUUAUGGUGGGUUAUUUUUCUUAGAUCCAGGUGCAGUAGACGUGCAGAGUUUUAACUCCGUAACAUUGUUUUCUGUCUCAUUACAUAAUGUUUACAUUCAAUGUUGAUGAUCGAUAGAUGAAUAAAAUAUGCAUGUGCACGGAAA